AUGGGGUCAGAGUUGGAGGAAGAUUUCAAAAACUUCAAUUUAUCGGCUAAAGAGGAGGAUGGGAUCGAAAUAGCAGAAGAUGAUAUCAAAGCCAGAAUGAAGGAGUGCGCUCUCAGCCUAAUGGGAAGUCUAUUUGGGGAAAAGCGAGCAAGUUUCAUGGGGUUAAAGAACACAAUGCAAAAUAUCUGGCUAACCAAAAAUCCAUUCUUCUCGAGGAUGGUGGGCAGUAAUGAAUAUCAAUUUAUAUUCCAAACUGAGGAAGAUAGGAAGAAGGUGUUGGAAGGUAAAGCAUGGACCUUUGAUGGCCAGUAUCUUCUGUUGAAAGAAUGGAGUGCGGAGAACAACGACUACACUGAAGAAGAGCAUAAGAUCGAGUUAUGGGUACAGAUCCGUGACUUACCACUCCAUUGGGUGACUUAA